AUGCGACUCAAGAACCAGAGUCUAAGGCUGAGUUUCAUUGCAGUGGAAUGUCUACCUGCUCCAAACAUCAGCUGUCGGCUGUCAAAUGGAACGCAGUUCAAAUUCAGCGGUGAAGAGGUUGGGUUUAACAAAAGCAUCCCGUGUCGAAAUGUGAGUGGUUACUCAUACAAAGUCGCUGUUGCGCUGUCACUCUUCCUGGGAUGGAUUGGGGCGGAUCGGUUCUACUUGGGAUAUCCAGCCUUGGGCCUACUGAAAUUCUGCACUGUGGGGUUCUGUGGAAUUGGAAGCUUAGUGGACUUCAUGUUGAUAUCCAUGCAGAUCGUGGGCCCAUCAGAUGGGUCGGAUUACAUUGUGGACUACUACGGGGCACGCCUCACCCGUCUUUCGAUAACAAACGAGACCUACAGAAGAACGCAGCUCUCGCAGUGAAGACACCAGGUGGAUCCCAAUGAGAUGACCCACCAAAUGUACAGGAUCGUGUUAUGUAAAUCCCAUCUUUUCUUUGGACAUGCCUUUGCCGUUUCCAAACACAAAGACACAUGGAUGUGCCAAACAACGCUCUGGGAAAGACUAGCCCAUGUCUGGAGUUGCAAACAUGGCUCAUGUAUAUGCUGAGCUAGCAUUGGUCCCACUGCUCCAAGUUCUGCUAGGAUCCUUGUAUAGCUGUUUUUUUUCCACUGGACCACUCAUGUCCUCUAUCACUCUCUCUCCAUCUCUCCAUUAAUCAAUCUCUUCCUUUGAGUCAUGCUGGUGGAAUGUCAUCCAUCUUUUGCUUAUUUUCAUUCCUGUCCUCACUAGCUUCACAUUGUUGGACAUUGUGUGAUGUUGUGAUGUUUUUUAAACACUGUAAAUAAAGUUUUAUUAUCAUU